GGCAGCCUGUGCAAGUGCUUUUUUUCUCACUUUCACUACUCCAUGUUAGUAUAUUGUCCACAGCAACUAUAAAGCAGGAAUAGAAACAGUUAAGAGUCAUAAUUUGAAGUAUGUGAAGUAUCCUGCUCACAUUUUAUUGUUUAUUUUAAUAGCCAACUAUUCUCUCUGUAAAUCUGACAAAAUUCAGCAGUGUUUUUGUACUACUUUAAAGUAACUUGUGACUGCAAUGAGAGCAGAAGCUGGCAAAGAGGUCCACAAACGUGGAGAUACAAAAUGUGUCAUCAUAACAGUCACUAAUCGAUUAAUUUAAUCUGGUCACGAUUUAUGUUGGUCCCCCCCAUAUGAAAAGUUUGGGAAAUACUGGUGAGGGCGGCUGUCAGGACAGGACAGGAGAAGGAACCGUCGCGAGACACGGCGUGAUUCUCGCGGCAGCGCCAGCGUCGUUCUGCAGUCGAUGUCGGACUGAAAUCGUUCUGUGUCGCAAGCGCUGGCUCCGCUCUGUCAGCAUGCCGCUCUUUUCUUUGCAGGAAUUUGUGUCCAAACACAAGAGAAUGUCAGGUUAUCAAUGAGUUCUGUGACCGACAGCGUGAAGCGUCUUCUGGUAGAAUAAACGAAGAAAAGAGGAAAAUGUCUCUUUGGACUUGGUCUCCGCUGCUGCUGCUGCUGCUGCUGCUUCACUCGAUAUGUGAAGUUAACGCUCAAGUGGAAAACCGGGUAGUUUUCCUGCCGGGAAUGUUCCAAAACGUGAACAUCUCCCAGAAUGAGACGGUGCAGGCCAUGGUGUCCGGGAUUCCUCCGGAGGUCGCUUUCAUCACUCUGCAGUUUCACACACAGCACCACAACGUCACUCUCUCCUACAACAGGAUGCCAAGUCAAGAUCUCUCUAUGACAGCAGUGGACUCUGGCCUGCUCUCGUCUCUGCUGCCGGCCCAAAUAUCCCUCUCACUGUUCCUGUCUUCACCCAACAGUGACACUGUGGCAAGCAUCGGGGUCAUUCUACCUCUCUCUAGCACUGACCCAGUGCCUGGGGCUUGCAACAUGGAGUCCAACCUGGAUGUCGAUCCAAAUCUCAACAUUCACUACAACCUCUAUGAGACCACGAUUCGUUUUGCCCCUGCAAACACAGGAUAUGCGAGAGGCAAUUCUCCUCCACUCUGCGAUGAAUCCACAGGAGCCAACACACGCUGGCGUCUGCAGUACGACAUCUACCAGUACUUCCUGCCCGAGAAUGACCUAUCAGAGCGCAGCCUGUUCAGUGGCAUUCAGGCCGUGGCUGACAUCAGUGGUAUGAUGGAGAAUGGCAAACAUGUCAUGACACUGUCGUCAUCAGAUAUGAGCAUGGCGGUGUUCAACUCCAUCCCCGGCCAGGGCAUCAUUUACUCGGUCAUUGUCAGAGACCCACUGUGGAACACUUCAGCCCCCUACGUCCCUGUUCACACCUAUGCCUGUAGCUUUGCUUCCACCCUGGAUGGCUGUCAAACUCUGGGAAAGGUAUCAACAAAAGUGUUUUUCACCAUCACUGGCUUGGUGGGCCUGUUUGUCUGCUUUUUUGGACACCGAUUCUUCAAAUGUGAGCUGUUCUGCAUGGGCUUUAGCUUUGCAGCGUUUUUCUUCUUUGUGCUGAUCACAAGGACCACAGAGCUGAACUAUGAUCUUCGCCUGGCUGUGUCGGCAGUGAUCGGCGUGGUGGGCGGGGUUCUCCUGGUGAUGAGCUGGUGGCGUUUUGGUUCGGUCAUGGCCUGCAUCGUCGUGGUCGGCCUGAUGCUCGGCUUUCUCAUCGCCUCCACCGUCUUCUUCACUCCUCUGGGUGACCUUGAUGUCUUCAGACAAUCGGAUGUCGUUUUCUGGGUGACGUUCUGCUGCAUCAUGAUCAUUGUGCCACUCUUCUUUGUGCGUUGGCCCAGAGAGGGUAACAUCUGCACGUGUGGCAUUGUCGGCGCUUACGCGGUGAUUCUGGCCGUCAACGCCUACAUGUACACCAGCCUCUCCUACAUCACACUGAACAUCCUCAAACGCCUGCUCAACAGCAACUUCAGCGCCAUGUUCACGGACGUGCCGUUCCAAACCAUCGACUACAUCCUGAUCACAGUGUGGGUGGUGCUUGGCGUGUGCGGCAUCGUCCUGCAACUGUACCGCGAGCGCUCUCGGCCGUUCUUCCCGCCCAGCCCGUACCUCAUGUGGAUGCAGGAGCGCGAGCGCCGCAAGACCAACGUCCUGGACCCGAGCCACCACUUCCCCCCUCUGCCCAACCGCCUCAUGGCCCGAGUGCGGCAGCUCACCAAGCGCAUGGAGCCGGCGGGCGAACACACGCCGCUGCUCCUCUGAGCCUCUGAUGCAGCGACGCAUCGUGGACACACACAGGCUUGGACCGCCAGAGUUAUAAAGACGCCAGAGAAUCUGUUGGACCGAGAGGAAUGAGAUUCCUCGUGAUUUGACUCUGGAGCAGCUGAGUGAAAGACUUACUCAGGAUAAACAUUUUUAAAAAACCACUGAGAGAAAGUUUUAAAUCUCACACAAACAAAGAAGACUGUGACGAACACUUUUUAGUCGCCCACUACUAACGAUUUAUACAGCGAGAGUCGUUGUUUUUCAUGUCGUCAGACCAUCAUGUGUUUGGAGUUUGAUUUUAAACGACAGACUUUUUAAUGGAACACAAUCUGUGCCUUCAGUCAAACAGUAACAUUUAAAGGAUUUCUGGGAUUCACUGUAUCUCAAAGCUUGAGUUCAUAGUUUGUUUGGGAAAACACUUCAUUGUGUUGUUUGUUGAAAUUCUCUUCACUUAAAGACAGUCUUAACUAAAUACAGUUGUCAGGGGAACAAAAGAAAAUCUGUAGGAGUGUGGAGAAUGUUGCAACAGCAAACCACCAGAGGUUAGAGUGAUUAAUCAGGCAGAUAUUUGCCAUUUUUUAAUAAUGAAUCAGCCAGAAACCUGUUGCUAUGUCACUAAGUGUUUUCAAUCCCUAUGUUUAUUUAUUUUUUUGCUUUCCGAUGACCUGUUUCACGUUUUAAAUAUUUACUUACAUAUACAUUAUUUUUAUUGAAAAUACUGUGUAUGACUCCACUAUAGUGCCGACAUAAAUUGUACCUUGGAGAGACGGACCAUAAGUGUUAUUCAAUAACUAGUUACUGGUGUUAAGCACAUUUUUUAUUAUUAUUAUGUCAGCAUUAAGUAGUUAUCUUUUAUCAGAUGCACAUAAAUAUAUGGGCCAAAAGAUUUGGCAUCAAUUCAGGGCUGCAGCCAGCGAUUAUUUUCACAAUGGAUGAAUCCGUGGAUCGUUUUCUCGAUGAAUCGAGUAAUGGUUUGGUCAUCGGUGUUUUUCAAACCUGAAAAUUAUGAUGAUGUUCUUAAAUGUCUUGUUUUGUCACUAAAACCAAACAUUCUAUUUGAUAUAGAGCAAGGAAACCAGAAAAUAUUCACAUUGGUUGAGCUCCACAGGCUCUUACACAUAAUCUGCCCUCUCUUAAAAGCUCUCACUGCCUGAAGCUUUGCUUUUACUUCCAUCCAUAUUUCUCCACGACAUAUAAGAACACAAACAUUCUGCUGCAGAUGCACCUGACAUUUUAGUUACUUGAGUUCCUUGAUCGUUGGCUAAACUCGACUAUCACCUCUUUCAGUUUCGUCGCACCGUUUGUCUCUUCACAAAAAUCCUACUUCUAUACCAGCAUACGUACAGAUUUGAAGUGCUGAUAACUUUUUAGCCUACGUCAUGUCCCCCAGACUUUUACUUUUGAAGGCUAUCAGGACGUGAAGAGGAUUUCAACAAAUGAGAUAAAAAAAAAUUUUUUUUUGAGAAAACGAAUACGAACUGUCUCAGCUGUGGUUCACGUCGCACAGUUAUUUUACUCAGACAGUGUUUUGUCCUUCACUCCUUUUCCCUUCCGUGUGCUUGACUCAGCCGUUUUCCUCACGUGUAACAUGCACAGACUGAUCUUUACAUGUAUGAAUCUCACACACGUGUGCCAUGACCUUUCUCAGGCUUUUUUU